GCCUCCCCGCCCCCCCUCCCCGCGUUCCGCGGCGGCGGCGGCAGCAGUAGCAGCAACAUGGCUGUUGAUGGGUGUUCGGGGUGGCGCUGGCGGCGGGAGGAGCUCCCUCGAGCCCCUGCGCCGGCCGCCCGUUGCUAGCUAUGGCAAACGGUGGCGGCGGCGGCGGCAGCAGCAGCGGCGGCGGCGGCGGCGGCGGAGGCAGCGGUCUUAGAAUGAGCAGCAAUAUCCACGCGAACCAUCUCAGCCUAGACGCGUCCUCCUCUUCCUCCUCCUCCUCUUCUUCUUCUUCCUCCUCCUCCUCCUCGUCCUCGGUCCACGAGCCCAAGAUGGAUGCGCUCAUCAUCCCGGUGACCAUGGAGGUGCCGUGCGACAGCCGGGGCCAACGCAUGUGGUGGGCUUUCCUGGCCUCCUCCAUGGUGACUUUCUUCGGGGGCCUCUUCAUCAUCUUGCUCUGGCGGACGCUGAAGUACCUGUGGACCGUUUGCUGCCACUGCGGGGGCAAGACGAAGGAGGCCCAGAAGAUAAAUAAUGGCUCCAGCCAGGCAGAUGGUACCCUCAAACCAGUGGACGAAAAAGAGGAGGUGGUGGCAGCCGAGGUCGGCUGGAUGACUUCCGUGAAGGACUGGGCAGGGGUGAUGAUAUCUGCCCAGACACUGACUGGCAGAGUUCUGGUCGUGUUAGUCUUUGCUCUCAGCAUUGGUGCCCUUGUAAUAUACUUCAUAGACUCGUCAAACCCAAUAGAAUCCUGCCAGAAUUUCUACAAAGAUUUCACAUUACAGAUCGACAUGGCUUUCAACGUGUUCUUCCUUCUCUACUUUGGCUUGCGGUUUAUUGCAGCCAACGAUAAGCUGUGGUUCUGGCUGGAAGUGAAUUCUGUAGUAGAUUUCUUCACAGUGCCUCCCGUGUUUGUGUCUGUGUACUUAAACAGAAGUUGGCUUGGCUUGAGAUUUUUAAGAGCUCUCAGACUGAUACAGUUUUCAGAAAUUUUGCAGUUUCUGAAUAUCCUUAAGACAAGUAAUUCCAUCAAGCUGGUGAAUCUGCUCUCCAUAUUUAUCAGCACGUGGCUGACUGCGGCUGGAUUCAUCCACUUGGUGGAGAAUUCAGGGGACCCAUGGGAAAAUUUUCAAAACAACCAGGCACUGACAUACUGGGAAUGUGUCUACUUACUCAUGGUCACAAUGUCUACAGUGGGCUAUGGGGAUGUUUAUGCCAAAACUACGCUUGGACGUCUCUUCAUGGUCUUCUUUAUCCUCGGGGGACUGGCCAUGUUUGCCAGCUACGUCCCUGAAAUCAUAGAGUUAAUAGGAAACCGCAAGAAAUACGGGGGCUCGUAUAGCGCGGUUAGUGGAAGAAAGCACAUUGUAGUCUGUGGCCACAUCACUCUGGAGAGUGUCUCUAACUUCCUGAAGGACUUUCUGCACAAGGACCGGGACGAUGUCAACGUGGAGAUUGUCUUUCUUCACAACAUCUCCCCUAACCUUGAGCUUGAGGCCCUGUUCAAGCGACAUUUUACUCAGGUGGAAUUUUAUCAGGGUUCUGUCCUCAAUCCCCACGAUCUUGCCAGAGUCAAGAUAGAGUCAGCAGAUGCAUGCCUGAUCCUUGCCAAUAAGUACUGCGCUGACCCGGAUGCAGAAGACGCUUCCAACAUCAUGAGAGUGAUCUCCAUAAAGAACUACCACCCGAAAAUCAGGAUCAUAACUCAGAUGCUGCAGUAUCAUAACAAGGCGCAUCUGCUCAACAUCCCCAGCUGGAAUUGGAAAGAGGGUGAUGACGCAAUAUGCCUCGCAGAGCUCAAGUUGGGUUUCAUAGCCCAGAGCUGUCUGGCUCAAGGCCUCUCCACAAUGCUUGCCAACCUCUUCUCUAUGAGGUCAUUCAUAAAGAUUGAGGAAGACACGUGGCAGAAAUACUACCUGGAAGGAGUCUCCAAUGAAAUGUACACGGAGUAUCUCUCCAGUGCCUUCGUGGGGCUGUCCUUCCCUACUGUUUGUGAGCUGUGCUUUGUGAAGCUGAAACUCCUGAUGAUAGCCAUUGAGUACAAGUCUGCCAACCGGGAGAGCCGAAUAUUAAUUAACCCUGGGAACCACCUUAAGAUCCAAGAAGGUACUUUAGGAUUUUUCAUCGCAAGUGAUGCCAAAGAAGUUAAAAGGGCAUUUUUUUACUGCAAGGCCUGUCAUGAUGACGUCACAGAUCCCAAAAGAAUUAAAAAAUGCGGCUGCAGGCGGCUUGAAGAUGAGCAGCCGCCAACGCUGUCACCCAAAAAAAAGCAACGUAAUGGGGGUAUGAGGAACUCACCCAACUCCUCCCCGAAGCUGAUGAGGCAUGACCCCUUGUUAAUCCCUGGCAAUGAUCAGAUUGACAACAUGGACUCCAAUGUGAAAAAGUACGAUUCCACUGGGAUGUUUCACUGGUGUGCACCCAAGGAGAUCGAGAAGGUCAUCCUGACUCGAAGCGAAGCCGCCAUGACUGUCCUGAGUGGCCAUGUUGUAGUCUGUAUCUUUGGGGAUGUCAGCUCAGCCCUGAUUGGCCUCCGGAACCUGGUGAUGCCGCUCCGUGCUAGCAAUUUUCACUACCAUGAGCUCAAACACAUUGUGUUUGUGGGCUCCAUCGAGUACCUCAAGCGAGAGUGGGAAACACUGCACAACUUCCCCAAAGUGUCCAUAUUGCCUGGUACGCCAUUAAGUCGGGCUGAUUUAAGGGCUGUCAACAUCAACCUCUGUGACAUGUGCGUUAUCCUGUCAGCCAAUCAGAAUAAUAUUGAUGAUACUUCGCUUCAGGACAAGGAAUGCAUCUUGGCGUCACUCAACAUCAAAUCUAUGCAGUUUGAUGACAGCAUCGGGGUCUUGCAGGCUAAUUCCCAAGGAUUCACACCUCCUGGAAUGGACCGGUCGUCUCCCGACAACAGCCCCGUGCACGGGAUGCUGCGCCAGCCGUCCAUCACCACAGGAGUCAACAUCCCCAUCAUCACAGAACUCGCUAAACCAGGCAAGUUGCCUUUGGUAUCAGUCAAUCAGGAAAAAAACAGUGGGACGCACAUUCUAAUGAUAACGGAGCUGGUGAAUGAUACUAAUGUUCAGUUUUUGGACCAAGACGAUGACGAUGACCCUGAUACGGAGCUGUACCUCACGCAGCCCUUUGCAUGUGGGACAGCAUUUGCCGUCAGCGUCCUGGACUCGCUCAUGAGUGCGACAUACUUCAAUGACAAUAUCCUCACCCUGAUACGGACCCUGGUGACAGGAGGAGCCACGCCAGAGCUUGAGGCUCUGAUUGCUGAGGAGAAUGCACUUCGAGGGGGCUACAGCACUCCCCAGACACUGGCCAACAGGGACCGUUGCCGAGUGGCUCAGUUAGCCCUGUUGGAUGGCCCCUUUGCAGACUUAGGGGAUGGUGGUUGUUAUGGUGAUCUGUUCUGCAAAGCUCUGAAAACCUAUAAUAUGCUUUGUUUUGGAAUUUACCGGCUGAGAGAUGCCCAUCUCAGCACCCCCAGCCAGUGUACAAAAAGGUAUGUCAUCACCAAUCCCCCCUACGAGUUUGAGCUUGUACCAACAGACCUGAUCUUCUGCCUGAUGCAGUUUGACCACAACGCUGGCCAAUCGCGGGCCAGCCUGUCUCAUUCCUCCCACUCCUCACAGUCCUCCAGUAAGAAGAGCUCCUCCGUGCACUCCAUCCCGUCCACAGCAAAUCGGCCGAACCGGCCCAAGUCCAGGGAGUCUCGCGACAAACAGAAUGCAACAAGGAUGACUAGAAUGGGCCAAGCAGAAAAGAAAUGGUUUACAGAUGAACCGGAUAAUGCCUAUCCCAGAAACAUUCAAAUCAAGCCCAUGAGUACCCACAUGGCUAACCAGAUCAACCAAUACAAAUCCACAAGCAGCUUGAUCCCUCCAAUCAGAGAAGUUGAAGAUGAAUGUUGACUCCCAGGAGACCAGAACUAUUUUUUUAAAGCCUGACAAACUUCAUAAUGGUGAUGUGACUUCUCUUCCUCUUCCAUGCCGAAUCACUGGUGGAAACACUAGAGUAAGCAAGAUUUGCAAGAAAAUAAAGUAGACAGAUCUUUCUCUUUGCCUUGAAUAUUGCUUCCAUGUAUUUUGGAAAUGAUUUAAUUUAUAAAUGAACAUACUAAAAUAGUCAUGUAUAGCUUCUAGGGUUUUAAAUUAUUUUUAUUUAUUAGAAAGAAAAUAUAUUUUUUUCUUUUCUUUUUUUUCAUUGCCGGAUUAUCUUCCCACAUAUCACAGCAAUGUAAAAUCAAAAUGAGUAAGUGGCCAGAUUCCUUAAAUGUGUAUUUCUCUCCUUUCUUUCUUUUUCUUUGAGGAGAAUGAUGGUCACCACCCCAAUUUGUAAUUAAGGAAAAUGAAUUACUAAAAGAAUUUAAGGUGUCAACAAUCUACACACAUAUUUUAGUAAAUUAAAAAAAAAAGUCCCAAGAGCAGAGGUGAAUAUUUGCCUCUCCCCGGAUGGGUGCGUGUUUAGAUCUGUUUUAACACCAGCUCUUAGCAAAUCAAACUUAUUUAUCCACACAAUUGAAAGUCAGAUCUCUGUAGUUUCAGUUUUCAUGCAGCAUUUCAUAGCCUUUGUUCAUAUAUUUAAAAGAAAGAGCUUUUUGCAGCUUUUCUGCAAUUGCCAGAUCAGGUUUAAGCAGCCAGCUCAAAAUAUGCAGGCACGUCUAGAAUGCGGAAGUUGUGCACCAAGAGCAGUCUUGUUUGUUGUUCUCAUGGUGGGGCCUCCUCCAAGCUGUUCCUCUCCUCCUCUCCUACUUCUAAAUCACCCAAACAAGUUCUGUCAACUGCAGGAGGACCUGGUGAAUUCUUUUCGCAUUCAGAGCUAUUAGCCUGAAAGUUUGUGAACAUCACGGAGUAGUUUUACCCAGCGCUUAGCAUGCAGUAUUUAUUUAGACGGCAGACAAUGUCCAUUGUCAGGGAGGUGUCUUUGGCUCAGAUUUUCAUUUGCUGGCUUUCCUUGGUUGAAUUGCUGGGACAAAACAUUCAAACUCGCUAAAAAUCUUUAUGAAACCAAUACCAACCGAAAGGAAAGUAAGUCAUGCUCUUACAGUAGACUGUUAGAAAAAGGCCUUUGAAAAUUACCAGCAAUGAAAUCAAAUGUAUCAGCCACUUCAACCUGUGGUCAAAAGAUUUUUCUAGCCAUCAGAUGCAAUUGUGAUGUCUCAUCUCUGCUGUUGCAUGCAUGCCCAGUGUAUAGUCACUCAACAACUUUUUCGUUCCAAUGACUCAGAAAGUCUUUCAACUUCACGGUGAUCAACCUCUGAUAUGAUCAUCAGGGUCUCUGGAGAAGCAUGGGCGUGACUGUGAUUUUUAUUUUCUUAAAAAUGUAAAAUGUGGAAACUUCCUCAAUCUAACCAAAAUAGCCCCCAAAGUCCCAUGACAUCUCCUCCAUUGAUGUUUUAGAUGACCAUGGCUCUGUGGUACCUAGCUAUGAUAGUACAAAGCAGAGCAGAGCAAAGCAAUGCAAUCGCCAUGAAACCGUAUGUCCACUAAGGACUCCAAUUACCAAUGUAGGCAAAAUGAGCUUCCACCUCUGUCCACUCCCUGCAGAGCCAAUGUAGUCGUGCUUCCACCUCGUAGGCAUUGUCCUGCAGUGACGUGUCGGACUGUGGUUACUCUGUUGUCACAUUUUGUAGAAUUAGUUCUAUAAAAGUAUUGUGAAUAUAAUGUGUGUCCAAUUGGAUUGUUAACACAAAAAUAUUUAUAAUCAAUCACUAGUCUACUCAGGCUAAAAUGAUGUCAGCAGUCUAUAUUCUUCAGGCUUAUAAACAUUUCUUGGUUUCCAACAGAACUCAAAUGUGUUGGUGAGGAGAAUCCACUACUAGGAUAUUGACAGCAUUCCUGAAAGUUAAAACUUCCUUACACAUCAUGAUUUUGCAUUGGGGUUACCUAAGUUCAUUUAUGUCAAUCACGCUCUUCUUUCCUUCCUGAACCACAGUAGGCUCUUCUUCACACUCAUUCCUACUAACCACCUUUGAAUUUGUCUUAGUUCUUUGAUCUUCUACAGCAAUCAAUGUUGUUGCUGUAAAUAAUCUUCCAUUAGAAGAAUAGAGUCUCAACACUAUGCAGAAGCAUAACUCCUAUCUCAUUUCCCAUGAUAGCUAGAGAUUUAAAUCUAAACAUUUUUUAAAAAACCACAAUGGCUACAAUGAUAGUAUCUUACAGCUAGGAACGCCUUCAGUUCACCAAGCAGCUUUCAAAACCCAUGAUAACAGAGUUCUAUUUUCUUCUAAGAUAGAGCAAUAAAUGAAAAACAAAUCAAGUAUGAUUCUAAGGUGUUACAGAAAAUGACCUGGUGGUGGCACCUUUGUCAAAAACUCAAGGCCAAUCAAUUGAAAUAGAAAUAUCAUUUAUUAAAAAUAACUGGAGGUCUCAAGGCAUUUCCCAACGAUCCCAAUUUGUUUCUAUUUGUUGAGUUUUGAAUCCUCUAAAGGUAAACAAACAAACAAACAAACAAAACAAUAAAAAAACCUGUCUUUCUAACCAUAUUCCCCUUGGGCCAAUGGCAGUCUUCCCUGGUGUAUUCCACAUUAGAAGGCUCUGAUCUCUAGUCCCUUUGUAGGGUUUCAGAAAAGAUAGCUUGGCAAAUUCAUGACGCUUGAGGGCUUUGGGAAUCGGGCCAUUUGUAAACAGAAACUACCUGUAUAUGAAUCCAUCAUUGCCCUCACCGUCUUUCUCAUGCAGGCAAUGUGCUUUUUGUCUAAUCAACUGUAUUUUAAAAUGUCCUCUCCAAAGCAGAUGGAAUGUAUUCACUUAAAGUGGUUAAUGUUUAAGACUGAUCGUGACUAAGUAACCUGGCCUUCCUUCUACAAGGUACACUUUGUUUUGGUUUGUUUGUUUGUUUGUUUCUUAAGUGACGGUAGUUUUUAAUCAAGGAAUUAGAGUGGUUUCUGUUGAGUUGAAAUGGAGAAUGAGAAAAUGUAUGAAAUUAGGGAUAUUUUGAAUGGAAAACAAAAAUUGCCCCCAACUGUGCCUGAUUUUAAAGUUCAAGAGUAUUCAGAUACAAUUAACUAUGAAAAUGUUCUUUAAAUCCUCCAAGUCUCAGUGACUUAAGUCACAGACAGUGAUUCCUUGAGCUGGAUAAGGUCCCUUUCAGACCAAUUAAGACAUUAGUUACAGGCUGGGUGGUGGUGGUGCGCGCCUUUAAUCCCAGCACUUGGGAGGCAGAGGCAGGUGGAUCUCUGUGAGUUCGAAGCCAGCCUGGUCUACAAGAACUAGUGCCAGGACAGUUAGGGCUGUUACACAGUGAAACCCUGUCUCGAAAAACAAACAAACAAACAAGACAGUAGUUACAUUGCCUCAUUGUAGACAAUAUUUCCAGAGCUGUAAUCAUGGCUCUUCUGACCUUGUCGCCCAUAUAGGCUUUCAGAGCUAAACCCAGUAUCCACUUUCUGCUCUGAACAUAGAACAGUCAGGUUCAUUUUUGUGCUUUUCAGCUUGGAAGCUAUCAGAGUUGAGAUGCAAAUGUUUACAGUCACGUUCACCUCCUUCAUACAGUCAGAUUCAUCUCCGUCACACCAUCAUAUCCACCUCCAUCAUACCACCACCCACCCCCAUCAUCCCAUGACAUCCACCUCUAUCAUGAUAUCACAUCCACCUCCAUCAUAGCAUCACAUCCACCCCCAUCAUAACAUCACAUCCACCUCCAUCAUAACAUCACAUCCACCUUUAUCAUCCCAUCACAUCUACCUCCAUCAUACCACCACACCCACCUCCAUCAUCCUAUGACAUUCACCUCUAUCAUGAUAUCACAUCCACCUCCAUCAUAGCAUCACAUCCACCCCCAUCAUAACAUCACAUCUACCUUUAUCAUCCCAUCACAUCUACCUCCAUCAUACCACUACACCCACCUCCAUCAUCCCAUCACAUCCACCUCCAUCAUCCCAUCACAUUCACCUCUGUCAUCCCAUCACAUCCACCUCCAUCAUAACAUCACAUCCACCCCCAUCAUCCCAUCACAUCCACCUCCAUAAUAAAAUCACAUCUGCCCCUAUCAUAAUAUCACAUCCACCUCCAUCAUCCCAUGAAAUUCACCUCCAUUAUCCCAUGACAUCCACCUCCAUUAUAAUAUCACAUCUACCUUUGUUAUCCCAUCCCGUCUGCCUCCAUCAUCCCAUCACAUGCAUUUCCAUCAUCCCAUGACAUCCACCUCCAUCAUCUCAUCACACCCACCUCCAUCAUCCCAUCACAUACACCCCAUCAUACCAUCACACCCACCUCUAUCGUAACAUCACACCCACCUCUAUCAUAUAAUAACAUCCACCUCCAUCAUUGAUGAGCUGGUUUUGUUGGUUCUGGGAUUCUCUUUGCAGCCUCACUCCUCUCCUUCCUUGUCUCCUGGUCCAGCACAGUUUUCGCUAGUCUCUUCAUCUCUAGCCCAAUAGCAUGUAGAGAGAGUUUGGACACUCCUACUUUCCUGCUAUUAUUCCCAUUAAUUUUCUUUGAGCUCAAAGGUAAACAGUAUAGUUAAUUGACUAGGCAAAAUCUUGACUACCAAGAGAUCACACAAAUUCAUUGAACAUUGAGUUCCAGCUCCAGAUCUUCUCAUUUUUUAUUUUAUUCAUAUUUUCUGCCUUUGGGACAGUGGUAAAAUCACUGACACAGUCACCCUUACUACUAAAGGCUUGAGCCAUCAUUUUUGAAACUUAGAGGAACUGAGAAAUUACUUUGAACUUUCCUUUUCUGCCUCUGCUCUUAACGAGUGUUUUUCUUUAUGAAACAGAAUAAUUUCUCACUUAAAUCCCAUGGUUACUUCAGAAAAUGAUGACCCCUUUGGAUUUAUUUGUUUAAGGAACAAAUAAAUAGAAAGUCAGAGUCUCUGAAAGUUCUGAACAGAGUGAUGAGCAGUGAUUGUACCCUUUGGGGACUGAAGAUUUUGAGAUGUUCAGUUAUUUCUGGAAGGGAAUCACAGAAAUGUAGAUAUUCUAGUUGAAUAUUAAGGUUGUUUAAGUCAAAUUUAUCCUAACUGGUUGUUACCCAUGUGUUACUAGCUAUUAAUUAUUCCAAGAUUACCAUUAAAAUAAGACAAUGUAGAAGACAUCUUAAAUUUUAUAUUCCAAUACCAAUGAUAAGAGUGAUUUGUAAAAAUAUUAAGAAAGGGACCUAGGUGGCCAAAGGCCUUUAGCCCUACAGUACUUAGGAGCUCCUCAAUAUUCCAGUCUCACAUGGCUUGAGGCAGAAAUGAUUCUAAUUAGACUCUCUGUUCUAGACUAUCCCUUUUAAACUGUGGUUUUGAGCAUGAAAAUGGGCCUAAAAGAGGGUAACUCUGGGUGUCAGUGAAAAAGUUACAGAGAACAAAAGGAGACAGAUCUGACACUUUAAGAAGCCAGGCAAGAGGCAGUGCCUAGGAUUGGGAAGAAUCCCUUCCCUUAACCAGAAACGGGGAAAAUGAUAGCAACCCAUUCUUAGAUGGACUGUGGAGGCUGUCCAAUAGGAAAUAUGUGGUUUGACUGAUGGCACGAGGAUCCUGAGGAUUUUCCAGUGAGAAGAAACUUAAGGGGUUAUAAUAAUAAACAGGGUGAUUUUGAUAUGUGAGAAACUUACCUUUGGUAGUAAGUCUAUGUCCACAAGCUGAGAAAAACUAGGACAAGACUUCAUGGAAGACGAUAGAAAGUAAGGUAGUUAAAGAGCCACAUUAAAGUAGAGCUUUGGGGCUGGAGGCAUGACUCAGUGGUUAAGAACACUGGCUGCUCUUCCAAAGGACCUGGGUUCAAUUCCCAACACUCACAUGGUGGCUCACACCAGUCUAUAACUCCAGUUCCAGGGCUUCUGACACCAUCACACAGAUACACAUGCAGGCAAAACACCUAUGAACAUAAAAUAAAAAAUAAUUAAGUAGAGAAUUGAUUUAAAAAGUCAGAGAGCGUCACUGAAAGGUCUGAACAAAGAGUGAUGGGCAGGGAUGAUGGCGCCCUUUUGGGAAUGAAGCUUUUGAGAUAUUCGGUUCUUCUUGGAAGGUAUCCCAGAAAUGUAGGCUGCCCAACUGAACAUUCUGUCAGCAUUGUGAAGUCCUAUGGGUUGCACUCAACAACAGCUCAUCAAGCAGAACAGCCUCCUUCAUACAUUAUCUCCCUGGCAGGCAUACACCAGCCCUGCGGUAGCCAGUUACUAGAAUAUCAGUAGUAGAUCCUCCACAUAGAUUAAGGGGAAGGAACAGAUUUUUCAGAUUGUUUUAAAGAAACCUGCUGGCUAUACCAUUUUAUAGACAUUAUAAAAUAAGAACAUCUGGUAGACUGCCAACAAAUCAUAGGACAAUCAAGAACGCAGGACUUCCCACUUGCAAUAUUAUGAAAGCAUUGUGUCAGGUAAAUCAGUAACUUGGAAUUAGUAGACAACACCAGUUAGAGGAAUGGUUCAGGCUGGAGGAAAGAGUAUGUCACAAUCUUACUUGUGGUAAGCUUUAAAGGAAGCCCUAAAGAGCCAGCAGAGAAAGAGUAAGCGUGUAUACACCACUCUUCCAAUAGAGCAGGAGUGGAAGGAACAGACAGUAUUAUGGUUUGAAAUAUAAGGUUAAGCUUUGUGGAAUAGAUGGGGUUUCAGAGUCAGGUAAGAUGAGGGGCAACAUCCCAGCUCAUGCAGAAAUAUGGAUGGAUCAGUGAUUUCAUUAGUUUACCAAGGAGUCCCUGUGCACUUGUUGCUGGACAACUUGUGUCUCUUCUUUGGAACAGAAGACAUGCCAUAAACAACAGCAUCCGAUACAGACUUUUUUCAGUAAAUGCAAUGUGCAUGGCAAAUAAAUAUCAUGGAUUGUAACUGCUUUGGAAGUCUGAAUUAGCCUCUAUGGCUGGGUACGAGUGACAGAUUCUUUGUAAAGGAAAUGCUUACUGCAGACCCCAAGGACAGGACAAUGCUGAGGGACAGAGAAGACGAGGAGAUGAUAAGAAUGUGACAUGAACUCAGGAAGCUGAGAAAUGCACUCUUUCUUCCUGAUACAAGGCAGGAGAGAGGUCCUUCCCCACCAGGAAGUUGUCCUGGGCUGAGGAUGCAGCCAGAGUUGAGAAGAUGCUUUGGGAAUCCCUGGCCCUAUGGAAGCCCCUCCCUGCCACCCACAAACCAGAUACUUAUAAAGGGAGUAGCAUGUUUAAGUUCAAUAAAGGACAAAGUAUAGGUUUAGAUGACAGGUGAGUAGAUCUGUCUGGGGUUAUAACCGAGUUUUCAGAGGCUCAAAGGAACAAAUCAAGUAGAUGCAAUUAAGACAAAUCCAUUAAGUGUUUGGAGAAUGGAAAACAGAAAGGUAUUUAAAGAUAGAAAGAGGCAUCCAUGAGGGUUGAGAUGAAGGGUAUCUGAAAUGGUGACUCAGAAGUAAUGAGGCAGACUGAAAGGAUCAUUUUCCCCCUUGUCUUUUUCUCCUGUGGUUGCCCUGAGUAGUAUAUUGGGUGGGAAACUACCAGGCCACUCUAUGUCACAUUGUACGCCAUAGAAAUGGAGGAUAUACAGGGCAUCUAGGCCACAGCAAGCCUUCUGAAGCGUCCACAACAAGAGGGGUCAUGAGUUGAUCUCUCCUUUCAUCAGUUCAUGGCAUCCAUUGCUCUUCAUCCCUCAUGCAUAGAACACCCAGACCCCUCUAGUUGCAAAAGGCUUAAUACACAAAAUCCUAAGGUCAUCUUGCUCUGAUGGCUUUCCUGGACCAGGGUGUACAGCAGAGCUUUUUGCCCAGGUGAAAACUGAUCUUAUUUCUAGGUAGUUACAAUGAAAAGAUUUUCCCCCUGUUUAUCCCCUAAGGAACUUCUGUGUUUCUUCUUGUUCUCCAAAGCUGACCUCCCCCACGCUCUCCAGGGCCUGUUUUAGGAUACAGUAACAGGCCUAUUGUUUAGAGUCUUAGAUGGAAAUAUACAUACACAUCACAUGUGCCUGCCAAAGCAACCCAGAGCUUCCUGCCCUUGGGAUCCAGGGUCAGUUUGAGGAGUUAGUCAUUAGGGAAUAGAGCCCCUACAAUGAGACAAAUCAAGCCAGAAGUCUACACUAAACCAGAGUCUUUCCCACCCCAAAACCUCGGUUCUUCUUUUCCUUCCACUAUUUGAUCAGACAGAACUGCAACAUUUCAAACAUAAACCCAGAUCUGCCUGGAAAUCCUAAUUAAGAACCUUCCAUUCCCAGGUGGUACAAUCACAUCCUGCGUAAAGUGUCUGGCUCAUGUCCCACUAUGCAGAUGCUGGAAAGAGACUAUUCCCCCACUGAACACCAAAACCUUCAUUUGGGAUUUCUUCAGGGGACAAAGAAAAAAAAAGCAAUUCAGUGGUUUACAUAUAUGGAGGUACACAUAUGCAGAGGUCAACCUACAUGUUCAUUAAGGGAAAAGAGCGUGGUUUGUUCAUCUGUCUUUCACAUACUGAUUGCUGGCAUGGUGACUGUGGCUAUGAUGAAUUAGGUGACCAGACAAGAACUGGAGAAGAGAAUAAAUGCUGGUGCUCUGAAAUGACCUUCCCAACUCUGUCAUCUGUGACAACCAGUGAUAACUCUCUUGUCUUGUAAAAAGGGUUUGUACAUAACUUGUACAUGGUUUCAUUUUGUAUUUUUCGCAGAUUAAAAAUUUAUGUAUUUGUGUU